AUGCCAAGUGGCAAGGUCGCAAAGGAUCUAGCCGCCGAUGGCAAACACAAAGCAAGGAUACCUUCUUCAUGCUCUACUUAUUUGUGCAGUGACCUCAAUUAUUCUAUCGGCUGUCACUUUCUUCGUUAUGCUUUGUUGCCAGAUCAUUUCGCAAAACUAAAGGAAGGCCUGAUGAACAAGCCCAAUAAUAACUACGGUAACAACGACGGAAGCGUUUGUAUUGACUGGGAGCAGUCCAUCUGCACACCAUACCACCAACGCCAUAAGGGGCCCCAAGAGGGCAGCGAACUUCUAGCUGGUUCAGAGUCUUCCAACGGACUCAGUGACGGCCAACUCCAGCCUCGACUAUCCAAGGCAUCGGUCCACAUUGAUCGAGAAGAGGCUCCGGCCGACGAAAGGCUUGACGCAAGAUAUCAACAGGACAUAUGGGUAUGUCCCAAGCCUCCAAGUGAUUCUUCCUUUUCAAUCGAUCUUCUCUGGUGGGCAGCAGCGGCUGGAACAUACGGCGAUGGGGAAGAAUUCCCAAUAUUCAUUCUCCGACAUCGCAACGCUUCCGAGUGUCCUCCAGAGGAAUCCUGUGAAACUAAUCACUGGGAGCUUAUCAUGGAUGACCUUCCCACUAUGGAAGAGGGAUGCAUCGAGUUGCAGCUAGUAUGCAUGUAUACUAGGUAUGUUGAGAGGCAAAUGAGUAGCUUGAAUAACGGCGACUUUUAUGACGAUCAGAAGUCAAUCACUAUCCCGCCAUGCCAACUCUUCAACGAUUUCUUGCCUGAUUUCAGUAGCGUAACAGAAGCAGGGUAUCAAGUGGUGGUCUUUCGACUUAUUGAAAGCUGGGAGGACGAAAGACUAACUCAUUGCACUGAUCAGGGUGCUUGGAUGGACAAACAUGGCCGCCUACUUUCGGAUAUGCAUUGA